AGGUCAUUAUUUAUGCAUAGCAUGUGAAUUUCGUAAAUUCUUCCCAACCAAAUCACGGCCAUGGACAUACUGUUCAAGACCUCGCCGGCUGCAUUCGCUGGCUAUUGCCAUCCACCAUGAUCUAAAAUUUGUGACGAUUUGCCCCGAAUCUCUACAUACCUGCGCUCCGCCGUCCGCUGCGGUGUGCCCUCCGGAUGACUUCGCUGGGUCCUGCCAGAAGCGACGGUGCGAAAUGCAGCUCUCAGAGCAUCCAUACUCGGACAACCUCAUCCCUUGAUCGUAUUCCGCAACCCUAUCAUAUAAGAGGCGACAGUUUGACAAAAUCGACCGGGCUGUCCACCUUCACUGCUCCCGAUACCCCGAAUGGACACAUUGCGUCCUCGUUUGGUCGCACGGAGUCGAGCGAGAGCGGUACAGAGGCCGACGAUGAGAAGGGACCACUCCUCAAAGGGUUGCCUGCGCCGCCAUUACGCCUGCGAAAGGGAUUGCGUGGGAACUCGCCCGCAGGAUUGACGCCUUCAGCCAGCCCUCUACCAACACCGCCGGCUUUCGUCGAAGCACGCGAGUUCGACUACUUUGGAACGAACCAGAAGGCCACGAAAAGAACACAGCAGACGGGGAAGCAGACCAGAGACUUCGAAACGUACAAGAGACGGAAACAUAGAGAGAUCGUCCGAAGAUGCACGGAAACCGUGCUGCUUUGCGGCAUUGCUGCCAUCGUUGGGAGCAGUCAACGCCAUUCAGCAGAACUGCGGAACUGGUCGAAUGAGCUUAUAGCGUUCCUGAUACUCCCACCGUUGGUAUACGCGUUUUAUCCACUGAGGUUGUCACGCCGAGCUCAUGCGGCGGGCAAGACAUCACUACAAGCACUUCGCAUCGGAUUUCACAUUCCCUCCAGAUUCGACCCGGGACCACUGUUAUAUCCUGUGGCUCUACCAGUGAUGAUUGCAAUAUCACUAUUCGACAGAAGUGCCGCGUUUCUCCCAGCGGCGAUCGUGUGCGGCCUGUUGUCAAUCCCAUCAUUGGUCACGGCGACAGCGAGAACACCAGCACUGGGGGACCAUAUACACUGGCUUGUCUCAGUGCUGCCAUUACACACGUCAAAUUGGCGGCUCUUAGACGGUGCUGCUCCAGUACCGCUGCCUUUGAAAUUGGGACCGGACAGCCCGCUGUCGCGGGAGAACCUGAUCUUGUUCUAUCCCCUGCAUCACGCACUGGUGUCUGUACUGGGCUAUUUGACAACUUCGAGCCUCGACAUCUCCGAACUACAACUGUUGUCGACAGCGCUAAUCCACCUUUACGUCUUUGCCACGUCACCGCAGGCGGAGAUUCUCAAAGCCAUGCUGUGGCUCGGUGGUCUGUGUAUUUUUAUCUCCUGCAGACAUUUUUUGACUUGGGAAGUUGCCCUGGCUCGCAUCCCAACCUGGAAGCUUCUGCGCAGACGGGCACCUCGGGACCUUAUUUCACAGAUUGAUCAAUCAAUUUGCGCGCUUCUCACCAGGGGAAGGUUGCAGCGGAAGCGUGGAGUCUCUUCUGACAGCGAAGAUGAACUGCAUGUCAGACCAUUUCCUCGUAUCAGAAAUCUCCAGGUUAACGGAAGAGCUUCUACCAUGCCCGCGAUCGAGGCCUUGUCAGCUAUGGAAGUACCCCUUCUUAGGGCACCAUCGUUCGAUACUCUGGGGUCUUCCCAACGGUCUCGACGGAACACUUUCACUGCGACCGGCCAUCAAGGACGCAACAAGCUUCCUAUAGGCAUGAGAAAGGCACAGUCAAAUACUGCUGGACCUCCUAAUGCAUUCAUGUCCUUUACCCUGGAACAAGUUCGAGCACGGAAAUACGUAUAUGCCGCACUUGCAUAUAUUCUUGUCAUGCUUACAAUCUUAGGCCCGCUCCGACUGUAUGUGGGCAAACGGGCUUCGUCGGGUCACGAGCCUUUUGGUUGGGCCUUGGGUUAUCUGCUUGGUAACAUUCCGGCAUUCCGCCUCUGGGUGGUCAGCAACAACCUCGACAGAUGGAUUUGUCUACCGCCUCGGUCGGAGGUUGACGCUGUAUUCGACCUACAUAUUUCCGUGGAAGACAUCCGUCAGCAUAUCCUUGGUCCUGCCAAUACACGAUUGUUGAUCUGCAUUUACUGUGUUGCAGUGCUUCUUGUCGGAAUCGUGGCAGUUUUCCGUCUUACGUCCGUGGUCGAGGUCGACACAAGACGCAAGGUCUUCCAUGGGAUUAUGGUCGCCAUGCUAUUACCUUCCAUCUUCGUCGAUCCUUGUUUUAUUGCCUUGGCGCUCAGUUUGGUCCUGGCUAUUUUCCUCCUUCUCGACUUGUUCAGAGCUUCUCAACUUCCGCCGAUUUCCAAACCACUGACGGCGUUUCUCGCACCCUACGUGGAUGGCCGAGACUAUCGAGGUCCAGUCAUUAUUUCACAUAUUUUCUUGUUGAUCGGCUGCGCCAUCCCACUUUGGCUGUCAUUGGCCGCAGCCCCACGUUCCGGGGAAGGACCCUGGGCUGGAUGGGACACUACUGUGCGGGAUGUGAACAUGGUGAGCGGCGUUAUUUGCGUUGGCAUGGGAGACGCGGCAGCCAGCCUAAUAGGCAGGCGUUAUGGAAAGACAAAAUGGUGUUGGGCAGGGGGGAAAAGUCUAGAAGGCAGUCUUGCAUUUGCGAUUGCGGUUGUUUGUGGUCUUUCUGCGACCUGGGUUUGGCUCAGAAUCGGCGGCUGGGCUUCCUGGCAUGGCCAGUCAAUUACUUUGGUAUUGGGGAAAUGCAUCGUAGCGGGCUUGGGCGCCAGCCUGCUGGAGAGCACCUUAACCGCGGCGAACGACAAUGUGGUCGUCCCAGUUGGAUUGUGGCUACUGGUACGAGGCUUACAUAUAUGACAGUCAGGUGGACUUGACAGACAUAUCUUGCGCAGCCGCAGUUAGCCUCGUUACCACAGUCCAGUAGACAAAGGAAUUUCUGUAUCACUUCCGUCUCAUGGUCAGUCUAGGAGUGGCGUCCGGUCCCGGAUAGUCCUUGCCGCAACAGUGGGUAAUCUAGAGUUUGGCGGGUGGGUGUAAUGAUCGGCUGACUCCGUUCAACCCUAGAUACAGAGGGACACCUGGUGAUUCGUGGAGGGGAAAGGAUUCCAUUAUCGGAUGAUCAGAAUGGGAAGAGACAGCACGUGAUCUGCUGUCUUAUCACUUUCGUUAUCGCGCGACACCUUUGACAUGCACCAUCACAAGGCGAACGAUGCCCUGUUGACCUG